GAUAUGUGGCUAUUACAUGAAUCAUGUUAAAAAAUUUAAUUAAGUAAUUAAAAAUACAUUUUAGAACUGAAAUUAUUAUUGUGUACAUAAUUUUUAAUGUUAAAAAUGAAUUGAUUAAUAUUAAAUGAUAAUUAAAUAGAUUUAAUAAAAAAUAUUUUGUCGCAUCUUAUUUUAUUAAAAAUAUGUUUUUAUUGUUAUAAAUUUUAAGGCAACUAAGUUAUAACAGCAUGAAAAUUAAGAAAAGUGAUUAUUGUGAUUCCUUACUACCUUUCCCAGUACUUCCAAAUUGGGCAUCCAUUUUAAGUGUAGCAAUAAUAUCUAUCAUAUGUUAUAGUACUUCUUAUAAAGGAACAUUUGUAUUUGAUGACACUGAAGCAGUUGUAAACAAUUAUGAUGUCAACUUAUCAACACCCAUUUUUAAAAUAUUUAGUCAUGACUUUUGGGGUACACGAAUUCGAAAUAAUGCUAGUCAUAAAUCCUACAGACCUCUUACAAUAUUAUCAUUUCGAUUUAAUGUUUGGUUAAAUAAUGGAGAACUCUCUCCUAAAUCAUUUCACACAACCAACAUUGUUUUACAUGCUAUUGUAUCAUGUCUUUUGUUACAUGUGUAUAACUUAUUAUUUGACAAUAAAGGUGCCAAAACUUCAUUAUUAGCUUCUAUAAUGUUUGCUGUACAUCCUGUCCAUGUUGAAGUAGUUUCAAGCGUUGUUGGGCGAGCUGAUUUACUAAGUGCAUGUAUGUUUUUAAUUGUAUUUAUUAUUUAUUACCAGAUAUGUAGUGCUAAGCAUAUCAGCACAAAAACAAAUUUUCUAACAACAAUAUUUUGUUGUAUAUUAAGUUUUAUAGCUAUGUUAUGUAAAGAACAAGGAGUUAUGGCUAUGACUGUUUGUGGAGUAUAUGACUUAUUUGUAGUGAACAAAAUUACUUAUCAAGCCAUAAUUAAAAAUACAGCUUACAAAAUCAAUGGAAUUAUUAAAAAAGAAACGUAUGAGAGAUUAAUAAUUUUAGCAAUUGGACAUCUAUCUAUACUCUAUGUAAGAUGGUAUAUAAUGGGCUCUCCGCCUAUUUUUCAACAUAAUGAUAAUCCUGCAUCAUUUUUAAAAUCUCCUGUUGAAAGAAUAAUCAACUACAGUUAUAUUUAUAUAAUUAACAUAUGGAUAAUGUUAUGCCCAAUUUGGCUGUGUUUUGAUUGGUCAAUGGGUUGCAUACCAUUGAUAAAGUUAAAUAAAUUUCCUCAAGAUCCUAGAUUAUUUUUAGUUUUUUUAUUUUGGGCCAUAAUUAUUUUGAUCUCAUACAAACUCAUAUUUUCCAGGGACUACUAUUAUAGACAAAUCCAAAUAGGAUUUCUAUUAGGAGUUUUAACAUUUUUGCCAGCUUCCAAUUUAUUUUUUAAAGUCGGUUUUGUGAUUGCUGAACGAGUUUUGUAUUUACCAUCUGCGGGAUUUAUAUUAUUAGUGGUGUUGGGCAUUAGAAAACUAUGUAAGGAACACUUGAUGAAAGAAAUAAUAGGUACAUGUGUAAUUGUUAUGCUUAUUAUACAAUCCAUAAGAACUUACCAAAGAAGUGAAGAAUGGAACACUGAAUUUAUUUUAUUUCAAAGUGCCUUAAAAGUUUGCCCAAUGAAUGCCAAAGUACAUUAUAAUCUAGCAAAAAACUUAGCUGAUUCUGGAAAUACAAUAGAAGCUAUAAAUAGAUAUAGAUACGCUUUAAAACUUCAUCCAGAGUAUGAUCAAGCUAUGAAUAAUUUAGCAAAUAUUCUAAAAGAUCAAAACAAUCUUGAGGAAGCUAAAACUUUAUUAGAAAAAGCUGUUAGUAUCAGGCAUAAUUUUGCAGCUGCUUGGAUGAAUUUGGGAAUUGUAUUAUCUGGCUUGAAAAAAUAUGAUGAAGCUGAAUCUGCUUAUAUUAGAGCAUUAAGUCACCGCCGUAGAUAUCCACAUUGUUACUAUAACUUAGGAAACCUUUAUUUGGAACAAGGGAAAAAUACUAAAGCAUUACUUGCAUGGCAAAAUGCUACAUUUCAACAACCUACUCAUGUAAUAGCAUGGAGUAAUAUGAUUGUUAUGUUAGAUACAAUUGGUGAACUCAAACGAGCUGAAAAUGUUGCUCAAAAAGCCUUAUCAAUUAUGCCUAAUGAACCUAGUUUACAUUUCAAUAUGGCUAAUACACUUGGAAAAUUAAAUAAAUUUUCAGAAUCUGAAAAACAUUUCCUAACAGCAAUUCAGCUAAAACAAAAUACAAAUGAUACUAAGUUAAUGGCAUUAUAUCAUGCAAAUUUAGGUGUUUUAUAUCAUCGAUGGAAAAAAUAUGAAUUAGCAGAAUCUCAUUAUUUACAAGCAAUAAGCUUUGAUUCUAAUAUGCAAAGUCCAAAAGACAACCUCAAAAGUCUUCGUAGAUAUACAAAUGAUUCAUAUCUCUCUAAUAAUUAGAUUAAUUUUAGUUUUACUAUUAUGAGUAACUAGAAUCUAUGAAGUUAGGGAUAAGCUCAAGUUAUAGAGUACAGGUAAUUUAUUAUUAUUAUUAUUAUCAUUUUUUUUUUUUAAAUUAUGUUUUACAUCUUCUCUAAAAGUUAUUGUUAGUACCAGAGAGGAUGAAAAAACCUGUAUAGCUCAAACAAUAUAAGUGCUAUAAAAAAUUGUUUUCAUAUUAAUUGUAGAAAAUUUCUUUUAAAUCCAACUAAUAAAAUAAUGAUAAAAUUCUCCUUUUUAAUAACCAGAAAACUAAAUUCA